CUUAAUCAAUAAUUUUUUUAUUUUUUCCUUUUCUCUUAUCAUGUCCGCUGUCAACGAAAACAACCUGGAGGGGGUGAGUGAGACUGUCCUCACCCUCCGCAAAGUUAUUGUCAACGAGUCCGAGCCCCUCGCGCGCCGCUUCCGGGCCCUCUUCUCCCUCAAGUACCUGGCCUGCCUGCAGCCUCCCUCUGAGGACACCCUUCCGGCUAUUGAGGCCAUCGCCGCUGCUUUCUCCUCCAAGUCGGCUCUGUUGAAGCAUGAGCUUGCCUACUGUCUUGGUCAGACUCGUAACCCUGACGCUGUCGCGUUCCUUCAGCAGGUUCUGAAGGAUAAGGAGGAGGAUGUUAUGUGCCGUCAUGAGGCUGCGGAGGCCUUGGGUGCUCUGGGUUAUGAGGAUAGUCUGGAGAUUCUGAAGGCGUUGAAGGAUGAUGCGAAUGAGCCCGAGGUCAUUAGGGAGACUUGCGACAUCGCUGUGGACCGUAUCGUCUGGGAGAACUCCGAAGCCAGGAAGGCUGAGAAGUUGAAGCCUAGUGACUUCACCUCCAUCGACCCCGCCCCGCCAAUGCCCCUGGAUGCCGCAGAACCCUCUAUUUCUGAGUUGGAGAAGACAUUGCUGGACACCAAGCUCCCUCUCUUCCAAAGAUACCGUGCCAUGUUUGCCCUGCGCGACCUCGCCUCGCCUCCUGAUCUGCCCACUGCCGUUCAGGCCAUCGAUGCGCUCGCCAAGGGUCUCAAGGACCCCUCUGCGCUGUUCCGCCACGAGGUCGCAUUCGUUUUCGGUCAACUUUGCCACCCCGCCUCCGUUCCUAGUCUCACCGAGUGUCUGAGCAACCAAGAAGAAGAAGGUAUGGUGCGCCACGAAGCUGCCGAGGCCCUCGGUAGCUUGGGUGACGUUGAUGGUGUCGAGGAUACCUUGAAGAAGUUCCUGAACGACCCCGAGCAGGUUGUCCGGGACAGCAUUAUCGUGGCUCUUGAUAUGGCCGAGUUUGAGAAGAACGGAGAGAUGGAGUAUGCGCUGGUGCCGGACUCUGGUGCCCCUGCUGCCGUGUCUGCUUGAUGAAUUAUGCGAACAAAAAGUCUACAAUGCCGGUAAAUAGUUGCUUUCAUGACUCAUAGAUGUACAAUUGAGAAUCCCCAAAAAAACAUAGACACCAGGUCUUUGCCGUUUAGUUGUUCGUCGAUUCCUUGUGACCACAGACACAUGUGUAAAACACCGUACUACCUUCAUCUGCACUGCGCAGUUGUACGGUGGUGUAGUACAUCUCUUUCC